AUGAUUGUGGAGAAGCGAAUCGGUAAAUGGAUGGUGAGAACAUAUGUUGAUGGUCAUAAUCAUGCAAACAGUGGUAGAGCUAGAAUGUUGAAACAGGGCGUGAUUGGAAGAUUGUUCAGAGAUGAAGCAAGAAGAAGGCCGACUUUGAGAUGGACAGACAUUAAGGAUGAGAUCUACAUGAGGUACACAAUUUCUGUGUCUAAGUGGAUAUGUCAGAAAGCAAGGAGGAUUGCGUUUAAUUUGGUAAUGGAAACUCAGAGGCAACAGUUUGCAAAACUGUGGGAUUAUGAAUAUGAGCUUCAUAGGUCUAAUGAGGGCACCACCACUGAGAUUGUCACCAUUCCUCAAGCAAAUGGCAAGCAACAGUUUGAUAAAUUCUAUAUUUGUUUUGAGCUGUUACGAAGAAAUUGGAAGAGUUGUUGUCGGCCGAUAAUUGGACUGGAUGGAGCUUUUUUGAAAUGGGAAUUGAAGGGUGAGAUUCUCGCAGCUGUAGGUAGGGAUGCAGACAACCAAAUUUAUUCUAUUGCUUGGGUAAUAGUUAGAGUGGAAGAUACUGAUUCAUGGACUUGGUUCGUUGAGAAGCUGAAGAAGGAUUUGCUUCUGGAGUUAGGGGAUGGGCUUACUAUUAUGACAAUUAAAGAUGCUAGGAAGUUGCCGGUGUUAAACAUGCUCGAGGAAUUCAGAAGAAUAGCAAUGAAGCGUAAUAGUAAGCUAGCUGCAAAGACACAAAAAUGCAAACUUCGGUUCCCACCAAAGGUAAUGCUAAUACUAGAAGCAAAUCGUAGAUCUGCCAAGUUUUGUUCAGUUCUCAAAAGUGGUGAGCACAAAUACGAGGUCUUGGAGGGAAGUGGCAGUUUCUGUGUCAAUCUCCUACAUAGAGAAUGUGCUUGCAACCAGUGGAAUCUCACAGGCAUACCCUGUCCGCAUGCCAUUUAUGUCAUCACUGAACAUAACUGCGAUCCAGAAGACUAUAUUGAUAGACGUUUACAAACAACUGUGUGGCAAGCUACUUACAAGGAUAACAUCGAUCCUGUCAAUGGGGAAUGA